AGAAAUAGUGAUGGGUGCAAAAAUAUUUCGAAUUCCCCUUCUUCUGAUUGUAUUGCUGAGAAGGGUACCUGAUCAUUCCGAGGUGCAGCCAGCCCGAAUCCGCCUAAGAUCUUCUGUCGUGUCACUGCUUACUACCCACCAUGCCCUUCAAGGCCCCAGAGCAGGCCAAGUGCCCAAAAUGUGGCAAAUCGGUCUACGCAGCUGAGGAGAGGUUGGCAGCUGGUCACAAAUGGCAUAAAAUGUGUCUUAAAUGUGGACUAUGUGAUAAGAUGUUGGACUCCACCACAGUAGCCGAACACGAAGGUCUGGUCUACUGUAAGGUCUGCCAUGCAAAGAAGUUUGGACCCAAGGGCUAUGGAUUCGGCGGUGGUGCUGGAGCCCUCAGCACAGAGACUGGGGCUCAGCAUGGAAAUUUGGAGUGUGAAAUGGGCAAUCGUCCAACAGGUGCCCAUAUCGGACCUAGCGCUGUAGUUGAGGGAGGCUGCCCUCGUUGUGGUGCUAGGGUGUACGAGGCUGAGAAGGCGACAGCAGCUGGUAUCGACUUUCACAAAACCUGCUUUUCAUGUAAGUCCUGUAGCAAGAAGCUAGAUUCUACAACCGUGUGCGAUAAGGAACGCGAAAUCUAUUGUAAAGCUUGCUAUGCUAAGGCUUUUGGGCCCCACGGAAAGGUCUAAAUACGAGCCCUACCACAUGAUGUCCAUCACUGGACGAACUAGAAAUGGCGGAAGAAGCCGUGGAGUACAUGACAAGACUUAUUUACACGCCGGGCGGCGUUACAUUUAUACAACGCGCACUUUAUGUUUAUAUUUUAUUGUAUCUAUUUAACCGCAAAAGGUAGCCAUGUGCAAUUCAAAUAACCAUGCUGACGUCAUUAACUUGAUGUCAUUGAAUUGUUUGUGCGGGAGACGGAUUUUCCUUUUCUGAGUUGCAAUGCGGGCUGAUUAGGAUGAAGUAAAUUCGUUUGAGAUACGUGCUUCUCCAAUAAUAAAGAGUCGAUGACGCAAUAAUAACGCCAGCAAGGUGAUUUGCCACAAAAUAGGAUUAGCUUAUACCAGAGAUGGAUGGCCAGUGUAACGAAAAUAUUGACUUUUCUUCACGUUUGAUGACCUUCCGGACCAGUUGCUACUAACCAGGCGUCGGAAAAGGGAUUUGGCAAUACAUCCCCCGGAUAAACUAAUAGCAAAUGUUGUUCGAAUAUCAUAUUAUGUCGUCCCUGUUGGGUAAAAUUGUGUCGGAGGAUUCCAGUCUAAAUGCACUGUAGAAUAACCUGCCAUAUUUUCCACCGUUCGUUCCGUUGACAUAUCAUGGAGUUUCUGGUUUCAAUUAUACAGUAUUUUCGUUACAACUGGAUGACAACUCAAUUCGUUAGGAUAAAUAAUUGAUUCUUUUCGCAGAAAUACUUCAUGUAUUUCAGGUAAUUCUGCAAGAAAUAAACGUUUAUUUGUCAAGUUAUUAUAUAAUACUA